UCCAAGUUUGUUAUCAAAGCUCUUCACUCACAGGGCUUUAAUCCAGAUGCCCUCGUUAACUCCUACUUCUGCCUUUCCCAGUGUCACCAGGGAGUGAGUAGAAAUAAAGCCCCUAUUCCACCUCUUGGGAUUGUCCCCUCCCCUGAAAGGCCUAUAAUCUCCUUGCAUGUCAGCCUCUUCUCCUCAGAAGUGAUAAAGGGGCCAGGCUCCAAAGCAGAUUAAAGGAACAGUCUGUGGGGUGCUCUGGGCAGGGAUACUCCACUGAGUUCAACCACCCUGCACUCCAAGAAUCAGCACGCAUGGCCCUUGUGCCAGGGAGCAGCGAGGAUGGGCCUUGGCCUCGAGAUGGCCCAGGCUCCUCCCAGCAACCAGAAAGUCCUAGACUCACCAACCCUCUCUGGGAGGACAGAGGAGAAAUUGGCCAGGUUGAAGGUCACCAGGAUGUUCAGGUUGUCUGUCAAAAGACCCGCCUCCCCUCCAUCGUGGUGGAAGCCGCUGAGGCUGAAGCGAGUGAAGAGAGUGGGGAGCUCCGGUGGCCACACAAGGAGCUGCAGCUGCUCACUGAUGAUGAAGAGGACGUUGAGGUGUUCCAGGACCAAAGUGAAGAACCAGGCUGGACUUGGAGCUCACUGGACCCCAAAUCUCCCUUAAGAACCUUUAACCCAGAACUCAGCUGGGGGCAGGAACAGGUAGAUCAAGAUGCCUACUGGAUUCCAGAGGAGACAGAUUGUCAGGAAGCCCCCAAUCCCUGUCCUCUCUGGGACUCGGCAUCAGGUUCCCAUGUGCGCAGAAGCUGCUUUGUGGAAUAUUCCCAUUUCCUGCCUCCCAGGAGCUUUGAGGGUAAGUAUCACUCUCAAACAUUUUACCUAGGUUUAUGAAGCCCUUCUACCUAUCCUUUCACAAUCUUCCCCUUUUA